CGCGGCAACCGUUUAUUGUGUUUUCAGACGCGAAGUGAACAUCAGUGAAUAUAAAUAUCAACAUAGAAAUCGAAAAUGGCUCGUACCAAGCAAACCGCUCGCAAGUCGACUGGUGGCAAGGCGCCACGCAAACAACUGGCCACCAAGGCCGCUCGUAAGAGCGCCCCAGCCACCGGAGGCGUGAAGAAGCCCCAUCGCUAUCGCCCCGGAACUGUGGCCCUGCGUGAGAUCCGUCGCUACCAGAAGAGUACCGAGCUGCUGAUUCGCAAACUGCCUUUCCAGCGUCUGGUGCGUGAGAUCGCUCAGGACUUCAAGACUGAUUUGCGGUUCCAGAGCUCGGCAGUGAUGGCUCUUCAGGAAGCUAGCGAAGCAUAUCUUGUUGGCCUUUUUGAAGAUACCAACUUGUGUGCCAUUCAUGCCAAGCGUGUAACAAUCAUGCCCAAGGACAUCCAGUUGGCCCGUCGCAUUCGCGGUGAGCGUGCUUAAGCUGAGACGGUCUCAACUAGCGACCAAUGCGCCAGCAUACUUUGUACAAAUCGGUCCUUUUCAG